AUGACAGGGCCAGUGACAGAACUUCUAGAGAGACAGCUAGUGAAAUUACCCUUCAUUGAAGCCAUCAGGGACCAUGGAGCCUUGAUUUUCUUUCUAGGAAUUCUGUCUUAUAGCUUGUUCCUGAUCCAUUGGGUCGUGUCAACGAAUUGGGAAUCUAAAUUUCACACAUUUUCUAUUGUGAUUGCCAUGUCAGGGAUCUUUUAUUUGCAUUACUCUCGGGUCCUAUUGCUUGAACAGUAUGAAAUCUUCUUUGUGCAAUGCUGGCUUCUCUUGGGAUUCUAUCACGUAUCAACUUGGAAGAACAAUUAUGAUAAGGUCAAGACUGAAUUAAAUUCGAUUGCGUCUCUGCGACCGUUUCAAGGCUCUCUGAUGCGUUUCUUUAUAGUGAGACCUAUGCACAAAAAUUCCUCAAAUCAAUGGGAACAGCCACCAUUUCGAAAUGGGAUUCACGUGCUGCUGAUCAUCCUGUACGGGUGGCUCCUGUUUCUUCAUGUAAUUCCAUUCAUCUCCCCAGUUGGAUAUUGCCGCGACCAGAACUCUCAGGAAAAGACAUUGGCAAAUGGAUCCAAUCGUCAGAACCAAGCUACUGAUGUCUGUUGUCGCUACAACUAUGUCAUGGAAGGUCUUGACACGACGCAAUCCGUGAGUUCCAACUUUUGUGGUGGCCCCAUUACGAUCGCUUUUGCGGGCUCCUGGUCCACUGGCAAGACAACCAUUAUUAAUUCCUUGCUGGGCCACAACUAUUCUACUUCGCAAAUUGCCCCAGCACCAUCCACGGACAAAUUCAUUUGCCUCACAAUGGGUUCUCCCUACAAUGGUCCCAUUCAGAGUGACGAUUUUCAACGGAGACAGAAUUGUCAACUCAUGGGUCACAUGCAACAAAUCACUCACGAGGUUUGUGGCAAGGGGCUCCCGAAUGUCUUGGAUGUGGCCGAUACCAAUUCAGAAUUUGAUGGCUUUGUAUUUUUGGACAUGCCGGGAUGGCAAAAUGAAUAUCAUCACGAUUGUGCCUAUCGUACAUUCUAUGAACAUCUAAUGGAUCAAAUGGAUUAUGUCUAUGUGGUUUGGGAUUUGAAUCAUGGAAAAAUUGAAGAUGAGUUUGCUGAAUUCUUCAAAGGAAAGUCAAGAGGGACAAACUUUGAAGUUAUUUACAAUCGAUACAAUUCUGAACGAGCCGACAUGGCCUUUUUGAAUCAGCAGUAUGCAAAGCUUCGUCACGGCGCACAGGAGCUCUUGUCGGAGAUCUAUACCAUCAAGGUUCACGAUCAGGCAACAUUGGCCGAUGAUUCUUCUUCAGAGUCACAAUUUGACCAAGAUAUCCAACACCUUCGCUCCAAGAUUCAAAGUGUCAACCAAACGGUCCACGAUAAUCGCAAACAGCUCAUGAAGGAGAACUUGUUGGCCGUUCGAGGUAAUCUCAAGGGAAUUUGGUCGCUUCGCAAGCUGAAAAUCAGUGAUCGACUUAUCAAGCACGAAUUGAAUGUGCAUCGAGAACCAAAGUCGUCAUGGCUUCGAAGAUUUGGAAUCGAACUGUAG